UCGUAGUCUGGACGGUUCUGCUUCUGUCGAUCCUCGCGGUUGUUACGGCAACCGGCAGGUCAAGAGCCAAACGAGUGGUGGGGAUCCGAAAAGGCUCGACAUUCUUCCUCAGGAUGAACUUUAAGGAUAUAAUACUGAAGUCUACGACGAUCUUCGCACACGUGGCUGGAUUUAAAGUAACGUGGCCAGUUCCGGCCGGCGAUGAAAACCCGAAGAGAAGAUCGAUCAGAGCGCUGCACGACGAUUUAGAAUUUCUGUUCAACAGACACGGUUUUGACGGUAAAUCCUGUCUCUUGAAUAACAUUUGCCAAGCAACGGAUUACGUCAGUCAGAAGAGCGGAGUCAUGGCGAAGAUCGUCAGACUCUUUCUGAGGUAUACGAGUGAGGGCAAUUAUACAUCGACACGAGAUGCGCUGAGCUGCGACGACUACAGAAGUAUUUGUCCAUUGGAUUUCAGUGGGAUUGAUGCGUACUUGGAAUGAACAGAAAGAUAUCCACGCGAAUCGUUUCAUUAUAUGUAUUAUUUUCACAAAUUCUGUAAGAAAAUUUGUUUUUUCAUCAUACGGCCGUUUUUCGUACGGUAACUCUUAUCUAAUAUGUUUCAAACCUGGAG